AUGGCUCUUUCUGAAGACGACAUAAAGCUGCAAGGAUGCUUGAAAGCAGUUGUAGAUGUUGUACAUACUACGAUAAAAGAAGUUCAGGAUCAAAUCCAGCGAGACACACCUUCUGGCACACAAUUAACAGAUUAUCCACUAGAUAUCAAUAUACAUGCAUUUUCAUUAAACCCUGAAGAGGAAAGUAUAAUGGAAAAGUUUCAGAUGAGACUGGAAAAUGAAUUAAACGAUAAGCUUUCAUCGUUAUCCCAACUUCAUCGCAAGUAUUUGCUUGAGUUGUUGCAUGAAUACAAGUAUGAUUACAGCAGUCGAAAAUUUAUGAUUCCAUUCAAUAGAGAUAUACUCGAACCGUUUAUGCAAGAAUUAGAAGGAACACUCGCUUCGAUUGAAGCUUUUCAAGCUGCGUUUAAUGGAAAACAGGCAAAAGUAGAAGAGUUUAUUGAAAAAUAUCCAAUAUUCAAAAACAGAUCAGGUCUUUGGGGUACAACUCUUUUGUAUUCAGCGGCCAGGAACAAUCAUUUACAAGUCGUCGAAUAUCUCAUUCGACAAGGUGGCUGUUCCAUCGAUGCUCCAAAUCAGCAUCAUAUUCUACAAAUAUUACCAGGCUAUGAAGCAGCAGACGACGAAUUCGGCGCUUCUCCAACAGCUGCUUCAACAGCUUUACAUGGAGCUUGUUAUAAUGGACAUAUGGAGAUGGUUAAGUUUUUGGUUCAACAUGGAGCUAAUUAUUUUGCAAAAAAUCAAGCCUUAGAAACGCCUAUUAUGAAUGCUGAAUUAAAACCAGAUAUUCUGAAUUUUUUUCGAGAGUAUCUUAUCCUAGGUUAUUCAUUGAGUACAAAUGUUCUCCCGAAUCAGCCGAUCUCUGAAGAAAAGAGAAAAGUAAUAGUCGACUGUAUCUGGGAGUAUAAAUCGUUCGACCAACAAAAUUGGUAUCCUUUUUCGUCUGGGGAAUCUGGUGAACUGCACACCAAUCUUCUCAUGAAGCCGGAUCAAUCUUUCAAAUACGAAGUUCAUCUGAAAGUACGCUCUGGUGUUUACAGUGUUUCCAUGGCCAAAUUUCUACGAUCUGGGAAGGAUCUUGAUUACACUCAGAGAUUAGCUUGGGUAAGAUGUCGCGGUUCAUCGGUUUUGAAUUACGAUUGUUAUGCACUGUGGCAAAUUAUGUUCGUCAAAAAUCCCAAUGCAAUAACCCAGCCAUCUGUGGAAACGCUACGUAUACCCGUUAGCUACGAUAGUACAUUUCAGGUACGACUCGAUACGUGGUACCAUUGUAAUGCUAAAACCAAUGAUCAAAUAGAAAAGGCUAUGGAUUAUCGACGUACAUUUAUCAAUCUAGAUGUUGAUUAUGUCUGUAGCGAUGAGUUGAUAUUCAAUCUACAAAAUUUUUCCUUUCAAAAUCGUCAAAACACAAUUUCGGGUUACAUCCGAUGGAUACCAAAAAUGAUAUCAAAUAAUGAACGAAAUAAGAACAAAAUAUUAAGUGAUAAUGAAUAUGAGCUAGUAAAUCCUGAAGAUAUGAUCCCUCUGACAAGAACUCGACUACAACAAAUUAUGAAUGGAAGCCAUCCUGAUUCAGCCAUAGGUGAAGACGAGCUAGAUAGCAAUGUGGAUGAAGAUGUUUCAGUUGAAAAUGAUGGCGAUGAGAUUGAUGAUGAUGUUGAUGACUUUCAAGGCUGGAAGAAGAAGAAGCCAUGUUCCAAUAUAGCAGACGUAUUUUCUCUUCAUGAUAUAACAAAUAAUAAGCCAGGCUGUGCUGAGAGUUCAAUCAAUAACGAAGGUGCUUUACAAUCUGAACCAAGGUCAUUUACAUCUACAACAUUGACAUCAGUCACUGACAAAGAUGAUGAGACAACAGAGAAAACAAUUGAUGAAUGUAUUAAUGAAAUAGUAGCCAAAACUCGUCUUCCGCAACAAGUUUGCCCAAUUGAAGAAUCAAAGACUCAUGAAGAUCCUGCAGUCUUAGCUGCUGAGAAGAAAGAAUUGGAAGAAUUACGACAGAGGAACCAAGCGCUUGAAACUGAUCUUGAAGCUACACGAAUGAAAGUUGAACGACAAAUGCAACAUGGUAAUGAAGAGUCAGCUGAAUAUCGACGAACUGUGCAAGAAAUGUUUGUCCUCAUAGACAACAUGGAGGAGCAACAACGUAAGAAUCGUGAGAAAGAAGAAAAGCUUCAGCAAAAAUCCUCCAACAUCAAAGAGCAAUCAUACCCUGAUAUUCAAGUAGAAGUUGUAAAUAAUUUUUUGACUCCCAAAUAUAAGUUCAUUAUUGAUCAUUUACGCAGUAAAACACCAACCUUAGAUGAAUAUUUUGUCGGUAGAGUACCGAAAAUGGAAUUUCAAAAUCAAAAUGGUCAUGAUUCUUAUGCAGUCAAUAUCACGGGCUUUCAAGAGCACCACGGGGAAUUCAAAAAUAUUCUAAAACGAAUAUGGUCUCUUUUGAAUGUGAUUCAAUCAGCGAAAGACUUCUAUAAGCGAUAUUUGAAUCGUAUCAUGAAAAAAUUUACCAACCAUAUUCUACCUGAUGUGAAACUGAAAACGCGCUAUUGGAAAGAAUAUUUAAAGUUGUUCAUUCAAGUACUUGAGAAAAGAAUUGUUGAGUACGCGAUAAGCUUUAACGAACAUAUUACUGAACAAAUCCACGUUGAGGCUGAUAACACGAUAAAUGGUACACAAGAGUCGUCGUGGGUAGUGAUACGUAAGCAAACAAAUGAUUUUAUGCAGAAAAAUGACUUUAUGAAUGAAAUCGAAGACAUGAAACGUAAAGCAUUAGAGGACUUCAUCGAACAGAAUAUUAUGAUACAAAAAGCAAAAUUAGUCAAGUCUCCAUCGACAAAGUCCAUUACUGUAAUGCAACAUUUUCUUGAAAAAGUUCGAAAAGAAUUCAAAACAAAUAAGAGAUAUUUUGGUCACGAAUCACAACAUUUUAAUUUGAUACCGAAUAUUUUGGAGAGAUUGAUGGUCUACUAUAACUGUUUCAAAAUACAACUACCGCUGUUCGAGUCAUCACAGGAUUUAUUGGACAAGAUUGAAGAAAACUCCGUAACCACUAUAGCCACAUCAACUGGAUCAGGAAAGUCAACCCUACUACCGGCGUUGCUAAUCGCAGAAGGAUAUGACAAAGUAAUUGUUACGCAACCUCGUCGUUUACCAUGCCAGCUAAUAGCCAAACGAGUCAAUGAAACUAUGGAAACAGAGAACGGUGCGAAUUCUGAAAAAAUAGCCGGAUGGGCUGUAAGUGGCCGAGAAAAAAAUUCACAAGCAAAAGUACUCUACGUAACGGACGGUCUUCUUAAGGAACGCUUGCUUUAUGAUAAAAGUUUCAUUACUCCUCAUACAAAGUUAAAUAAGUCUGUUGUCUUCUUUAUUGACGAAGUUCAUGAGCGCUCAGUAAAUAUUGAUCUUUGCUUAGCGCUCUUAGCUCAACUAUUCAGAAACAAACCAGAACUCAAAUCCAAAAUGAAAAUAAUCAUUUCUUCUGCAACAUUAGAUUCAUCGGUGCCAAAUCUUUUUCGUAAAAUUCCUCAAGUUAGCUUAGCUGAGUUUAUUAUGCCACAGAUGGGUACUCUAUUUCGAGUUCAAAAGAUUGACCGUCCAAACGAAAACAUUCUGGAUAUUGUGCAAGAAUUAUGCCAAAAACGGCAACGACAUGAUCAAAUUCUAUGUUUCGUUAGUUCGGUGACUGAAGUCAAUCAAUGCUGUCGUAUACUUAAAGAGAUUAGUCGAGGAAUGCUCAUAGCGGAACCACUCGUUCAAUCACAACAUCCUGAUGUUCAACAAAAGAAUAUUGAACAUGGAACCAUCUUCUUCUCUACGACGGUCGCUGAAACAUCUUUGACUUUUCCUUCUCUAAAAUAUGUCGUAGACAGUGGCAUGAUUAAUAUGCCUGCCUAUGAUAUCGAUUUGAAGCGAACCGUAUUGAAGGAAGUUCGAGCAGCGGAGUCCACGUUAAAACAACGACUGGGGCGUUUAGGCAGAACACAACCUGGAGAAUACUAUUCGGUGUACAGUUUCAAAGUCGAUGAUCUCAAAUAUCCGAAACCUCAAAUAUGCCAAACGGAUUUAAUGAAUCUUGAAUUUUCAUUGAGGAAAUCACCAUUAAAGGGGGGACUCAAUUACAUUCGAGAGUUUUUACCUAAUGAACCAUCGCAGCAAGCAAUUACUUCGGGAAUUCAGGAACUGAAACGAUUGGGUAUUAUGGAAGGAAACGGAGCAAAUGAAAGGCUCACGAAAUCUGGUGAAGUGCUCAGUGGAUUGCCUGAUUUUGGUUCUUUGUCGAUGUCAAAAGCUGUCUUGGCCGCUCUCCGUGAAUAUCACUGUGGACGUGAUCUGAUUGCUUUGUCAUCUAUUCUCGGUGUAUUAAAUACGACUACUUUUUUUAAAGCGUUGCCACAACAGUUCAAGAGUGUCGAUGGUGACUUUAUGACGCUGUUAAAUGUAAUGAACAAUAUACUUCUAUUGAAAGGAUCUGUUCCAGCAAAUCAAUUCAAUUUAGAUGAAGUUUGUCAAAAGAGAGGUCUUUCUGGUGUCAAACAUAUUAUUGCACAAGCAAUGAGACGUUACACAACUUUAGAAGAGUCAUUUAAAAGGUCGCCCGAGUUCAGCAAACAAGCACAAUGGACAUCUGGAGAUUGGACACGAAUUGCUCGAGCUCUGCUUACUGGUUAUGGAGAUAAUGUUUUUGUUUCAAUGAAAGAAUUGAAAGAUCGUGUUCAUCGGUUUGUACGCUAUAGUAAUCCUGAUGAAAUUGCAGUACUAGACUUACAGUCAACGUUGACUCGUUCGAUCAGUGCUACACCUGUCUCUAUUGUUUUGGCGAGGGAUAUUCGUCACUCAACAGCUAUUCGAGCAACAGCUAUUCUUUCAUUCAUCGGUGCGAUAAAGACCGAUUGGCUUGAAUUUUCAACGAAGCGUCAGAUCGUUCUUUCAAACGAAGAAGAAGCUUAUUUGAACGCAAACAACAGAUUUAGUACCACUCAAUCUACAUUCUCAAAUAAAAUUAAUAUGCAAAUGAGCGGCGGAACGUUGCUGCUUACCGGUCCAACAGGAACUGUUCUCAAUGCUGAAUUGCAUCUGCGACAGCAACUGGUAGACGAAAUGCAAUUUUCUUUGACAACUGGAACUACAGUGACAACGGAACCCAAUAGCAAUAUGGCUAUAAAUCUACAAAGUGUCACAAAAAUGACACAAAUUUUUAAUCCUCUAAAAUGGCGAUGGGAGACUCAGAAACAAGUAGAAAUCACUAUCAAUGGCAAUACGGCAACGAAAAUUUGUGAUAUUACAGUGAAAGGAAGAGAUUCAGACAAUAAGAAAGUGAAAAAGGAAUUUGACUCUUUCAUGAGAUGGCUAAAAAAUUGUGUAGUAAUCAGACAUCCAAGUGCAGGUGUUCCUCCACGAAUACUUCGUCCACAAAUGCGUAAAAACUGUCGGGAUAUUGAAGAACGGAUAGCUCGCGUUACUGACAGCAAUCGAACAUUAAUAGAUUUAUACAACAGUGUCAAGAGUUCAAAAGCAACACGUGAAACGCGCAUGGAGGCUGUCGGCUGGAUUGCUGUGUGUAAAUUUAAUUGCAAAGUAGAAGGUGGCUUUGUUCGUGAUUGGAUUGUUGGCCAUUACUCAGCGAAACCUGCUGGAAAAACAAAUCCUAAAGACUGGAUUGAAGAUGCAAAUGAACAUCCAUAUAGUAACAGACAGCUUAUUCCAUAUAUGAACAAAGAGCUUGUGCCGGCUGACUUAGAUUGUCACUUACCUUCUCAUGCAUAUUUCGAUAUUGAUAAAUUUGAGGAUGAACUUUAUAAGUUAGGUAUAUCGUGUCAUAUCGUGCGAGAAGAUUGGCGAUAUGUAUUACUGCUUGAUGAGAAUGCCAAAACUGGCCCAUUUACUAUGGAUCUAAUUGAGCCACACGUAGCAUUAACUCAUGAUCGUAUUGAUUUUGAUGUCAGCAAUCUUUCACUGGAAAAAGAUUACACUCAUGAGUUAGGCAUGCGUAUUGAUAUUGAACAAAAGCCUUACUGUAUCGAUCUGGAAUCGAUUGUUGAUAACAUUAAAAACAAACGCUUUCGAAUUCUUCGUCCGAUUGAUGAUUUUUUGCGACGUCGCAUUGAUAAGAUGCAAAGAUUGCGUGGUUGGACUCAAACAGGAGAACCGCUUUCGGUAAUUCCAUCACCAGCCGCAAAACACUAUGUGGUAUUGGUUUCACUACCAUCAACGUCGACCCUAUACACUGCAGUUGCCACCGAAAUCAGAAAGAUCUCUGGAGCACAAAUUGUGUCCAUAGAAGAAAUUAAAAAUCCAUUUUUGGAAGAGACAUACGAAGGAAUGAAAAAACUUAUUGGUAAACAAUGCAAAAAUGGUGAUCCAAAUGAACAAUUGCUGUUUCAUGGAACGAAAGCAGCCGGAAUCGAGGGAAUCCCAGAAAAUGGUUACGAUGAUCGACACUUUGUUGCUACUGGAGCAUGGGGCCAUGGUGCAUAUUUUGCUGAUGAUCCUCAGAAAUCGAACAAUUACACAGAAGCAAACCCAACAAAUCAAAGGCGUGUAAUCUUCUAUAGCAAAGUUCUGUUAGGUAAUAUAUCAGUUCAGAACGUAGCCAAUCAAACUAUAGUAGCGGCUCCUCUUGGCUUUCAUUCGGUUCAAGGAACAGCAUUUACAUACAAAGAAUACAUCAUUUAUCGCUAUGGCCAAGCACUACCAUACUUGAAAAUUAUCUAUAAAGUCUAA